AUGCCUGGCCCAUCACGGAGCUCAGAUGAGCUGGUGUUCUUCGUGAACGGGAGGAAGGUAACAGAGAGGAAUGUGGACCCAGAAGAGACUCUGCUGGCCUUCCUGCGAAAGAACUUACGCCUCACAGGAGCCAAGUAUGCCUGUGGAACAGGAGGCUGUGGGGCCUGCACUGUGAUGCUGUCCAAGCACGACCUGGUGUCCAAGAAGAUAAGACACUUCUCUGUCACUGCAUGUCUGGUGCCCCUCUGCUCUCUGCAUGGGGCCGCUGUCACCACCGUGGAAGGUGUAGGAAGCAUCAAAACCAGGAUUCAUCCAGUGCAGGAGAGGAUUGCCAAGAUCCACGGCACCCAGUGUGGAUUCUGCACCCCUGGGAUGGUGAUGUCCAUGUACACACUGCUCAGGAACCAUCCACAGCCCUUGGAGGAGCAACUCAUGGAAGCCCUGGGGGGUAAUCUAUGCCGUUGCACUGGGUAUCGGCCGAUUCUGGAGAGUGGCAGGACCUUCUGCAUGGAGUCCGUUGGCUGUCAACAGAAAGGAACAGGAAAAUGCUGCUUGGAUCAAAGAGAAAAUGAUUCUCUUGGAGGCAGAAGUGAUAUUUGCACAGAGCUAUUUGCAAAAGAGGAGUUCCAGCCCUUGGACCCGACCCAGGAGCUCAUAUUUCCCCCAGAACUCUUGAGGAUGGCUGAGAACCCAGAAAAACAAACCCUGACCUUUCAUGGAGAGAGAGUUACCUGGAUCUCCCCUGGAAUCCUCCAGAAUCUCUUGGCGCUGAAAGCAAAGCACCCCAAAGCCCCUCUCAUCCUGGGCAACACGUCUCUGGGACCAGCUAUGAAAACUCAAGGACACUUUUACCCAAUUCUCCUCUCUCCUGCUAGAAUCCCUGAGCUGAGCAUGGUGACCAAAACCAGUGAUGGACUGACCAUUGGCGCCGGCUGCAGCCUGGCUCAGGUGAAGGACAUCCUGGCUGAGAGCAUCUCUGAGCUCCCAGAGGAGAAAACUGAGACCUACAGAGCCCUCCUGAAGCACCUACGGAGCCUGGCAGGCCAGCAGAUCCAGAACAUGGCAUCCUUAGGUGGACAUAUUAUAAGCCGGCAUUGCUAUUCAGACCUGAAUCCUAUUCUUUCUGUGGGCAACACUGCCCUCAAUCUGUUAUCAGAAGACGAUAUGAGGCAGAUUCCUCUAGAUGAACAUUUUCUCGCUGGGUUGGCAAGUUCAGACCUGAAGCCAGAAGAGAUUUUGGGAUCUGUGCACAUCCCUCACUCUCAAAAGUGGGAGUUUGUGUCUGCCUUCCGACAGGCCCAGUGCCAUCAAAAUGCCUUGCCUGAUGUGAGUGCUGGCAUGAGGGUACUGUUCAAAAAAGGCACAGACACGAUUGAGGAACUGAGCAUCGCCUAUGGAGGGGUGGGGCCUGCUACCAUCAGUGCACACAUAGCCUGCCAGCAGCUCCUCGGCAGACGCUGGAAUGAGCUCAUGCUGGACGAGGCUUGUAGGUGGCUUCUAGAUGAAGUCUCCCUCUCCGGCUCAGCUCCAGGGGGCAAGGUGGAGUUCAAGAGGACUCUACUAGUCAGCUUCCUCUUCAAGUUCUACCUGGAGGUUUUGCAGAAAUUGAAAGCACAAGUAAAACUGCCCUUGGUGCCUACCGACAACCGGAGUUAUCCAGAGAUUGCAGACCGGUUCCUAAGUGCUCUGGAAGAUUUCCAGGUCACAUUACCCCAGGGACUCCAAAUGUACCAGAGAGUGGAUUCUCACCAGCCUCCCCGAGAUGCAGUUGGACGUCCCAUCAUGCACCUAUCAGGUCUUAAACACGCUACAGGGGAAGCCAUAUUUUGUGAUGACAUUCCCAGGGUGGAUAAAGAACUUUUUAUGGCUUUGGUGACCAGCACCAGGGCUCAUGCAAAAAUCAUCUCAAUUGAUUCCUCUGAGGUCCUUGAACUACCUGGAGUGGUUGAUGUGAUAACAGCUGAAGAUAUUCAAGGCACCAAUAACACUGAGGAUGAGAAAUUGUUGGCUUUAGAUGAGGUGCUUUGUGUAGGCCAGGUCAUCUGUGCUGUGGUUGCAGAAACUGAUGUCCAGGCAAAACGAGCAACUGGAAAAAUAAAAAUCACCUAUGAGGAUCUGAAGCCUGUAAUUUUUACCAUUGAGGAUGCUGUUAAACAUAAUUCAUUCCUGUGUCCUGAAAAAAAGCUUGAGCAAGGAAACAUUGAGGAGGCAUUUGAAAAUGUGGAUCAGAUUGUUGAAGGAGAGGUCCAUGUUGGAGGACAGGAACAUUUUUACAUGGAAACACAAAGAGUGCUCGUUAUUCCAAAGACAGAGGACAAAGAACUGGACAUCUAUGUUUCCACACAGGAUCCAGCCCACGUGCAGAAAAUGGUGUCUUCUACCUUAAACAUCCCUAUCAACAGGAUCACCUGUCACGUGAAACGAGUGGGUGGAGGUUUUGGAGGAAAGGUGGGAAGGCCAGCUGUGUUUGCAGCAAUUGCAGCUGUGGGGGCUGUCAAAACUGGCCAUCCCAUCCGUCUUGUUCUGGAUCGUGAAGAUGAUAUGCUAAUAACUGGAGGAAGGCAUCCAUUAUUUGGAAAAUAUAAAGUGGGAUUCAUGAACAACGGGAGAAUCAAAGCUCUAGACAUCAAUUGCUACAUCAAUGGAGGAUGCACCCUGGAUGACUCAGAGCUGGUAAUAGAAUUUCUUAUACUAAAACUGGAAAAUGCGUAUAAAAUCCGCAACCUCAGAUUCCGGGGCCGUGCAUGCAUGACAAAUUUACCGUCCAAUACAGCUUUCCGUGGCUUUGGCUUCCCACAAGGAACCCUGGUAACAGAAUCCUGCAUCACAGCUGUGGCAGCCAAAUGUGGGCUUCCACCAGAAAUGAUUAGGGAGAAAAACAUGUACAAAACAGUUGAUAAAACCAUCUACAAACAAGCUUUCAGUCCUGAGACCCUGAUAAGAUGUUGGAACGAAUGUCUGGACAAGUCUUCCUUUCAGAGCAGAAGGAUGCAAGUGGAAGAGUUCAAUAAGCAGAACUACUGGAAGAAGAGAGGCAUUGCUAUUAUUCCCAUGAAGUUUUCAGUCGGCUUUGCUACGACAAGCUAUCAUCAGGCAGCUGCCCUUGUCCACAUCUACACAGACGGGUCUGUGUUGGUCACACACGGAGGCAAUGAACUGGGACAAGGUAUCCAUACCAAAAUGUUACAGGUAGCCAGCCAUGAAUUAAAAAUACCCAUGUCUUACAUGCACAUCUGUGAAACAAGCACCGCAACAGUUCCUAAUACAAUUGCUACAGCAGCAUCCAUCGGAGCAGAUGUCAACGGCAGAGCUGUGCAGAAUGCUUGCCAGAUCCUUCUGAAACGUCUUGAACCCAUCAUUAAGAAAAAUCCAGAAGGCACAUGGGAAGACUGGAUAAAAGCAGCAUUUGAACAAAGAAUCAGUCUUUCAGCCACUGGAUACUUCAGGGGCUACAAGGCCUUCAUGGACUGGGAAAAGGGGGAGGGAGAUCCAUUUCCAUACUAUGUCUACGGAGCUGCCUGUUCUGAGAUUGAAAUUGAUUGUCUGACAGGUGCUCACAAGAAAAUCAGAACAGACAUUGUCAUGGAUGCAUGUUGCAGCCUAAAUCCAGCCAUUGAUAUUGGACAGAUAGAAGGUGCAUUUGUUCAAGGAAUGGGCCUCUACACCACUGAAGAGCUACAGUAUUCUCCAGAAGGUGUCUUAUACUCUCGGAGCCCAGAGGAGUAUAAAAUCCCAGGCAUCACUGAUGUCCCUGAGCAGUUUAACGUGUCCUUACUACCAUCAUCUCAGACCCCACUAACCAUCUACUCAUCCAAGGGCCUUGGGGAGUCGGGGAUGUUCCUAGGGUCAUCUGUGUUCUUUGCCAUCGCUGAUGCAGUAGCAGCAGCACGCAGAGAAAGAAACUUGGCCGAGGACUUCAUGGUGAAGAGUCCAGCAACACCAGAGCGGGUGCGGAUGGCCUGUGCUGACCGCUUUACAGACAUGUGUGCUCUAUGUCACCUUCUCACCUAUCCAAAUGCCUCAUCUCACCCUGCUGAGGAGUCCUCUUUUGCCAUGCUCUAUUCCAAAAAAGGCAACUACCCCAUUCACAGCUGCGCUUGA